UUCUCUGUCGUCCCAAAAAAGUGUUGAAAUUAAACUUGAGCCUUCGCUUUCUUCAAGUUGAUGGAGUUUCAGAGUUUCUCUCGUCCUCUUACAAUGGAAAGAAGAGCGCCGUUUGCCGAAUGCGAAGGCUUCCUGUGGUCAGAGUGGAUUACUGACUUCAGUAAGGAAAAGGAAUACCACUCCAGGAUAUGAAGUUUGCAACAGUGAUUUACUGCAGAAGUGUGGGACUUGUUCGAUAUCCUUCCCUCCAUUGACUCUGUCCAUCUAGCAAAAGCCAUCUGUGUAUGUGUGUGUGUGCGUGCGUGCUCAGGUGGGCUGACAGGCCUUUGCCUGAGCAUUUGAUCAUAUCGUCGUAAAAUGAAAAAAGAAUGUGACCUCAAUAGAACACAUUCAGUGCUGACGCGCUAAAACUGAUGAUACUUUGUAUAACUCCCUUGCACGCCUUAGGAAUGAAGACCAAAGAGUCUGUCCACAGAGGUCCAGUGUUGAUUUACCCUAUCAGGCAACACUGAACAUUUCAGUAUCCACCACCUUUACACAGCAACGUCUCCCUGCAAUUGGAAAAAAAACAACCCAAUGUCUGCCUCCUCUCCCCCGUUCUUACCUCGAGCCUACCUCCACUCUCUCCAUCCACACCACCCGUCCUCGCCACCGACCCCCUCCUCGUCACCGAGCCCACCGGGACCUCUCUACACACGGCUGUCUAAUGGCAGUCACAAUGCCCCCAGCCCCACCAACUCACGCAGCUCCUUCCACGGGGUGUCCUUCCUCCUGCAAAUUGGACUCACCAGAGAGACGGUGAACUUGGAAGCCGGCGACCUGUCGCUCUCAGCUGUCAAAGAUCUGGUGUGUUCCAUAGUUGACCAGAAGUUCCCGGAGUGUGGCUUCUUUGGGAUGUAUGACAAGAUCCUGCUGUUCCGCCACGACUUGAAUGAUGAGAACAUCCUGCAGAGGCUGACCUCAGCAGAAGACAUCCAUGAGGGAGACCUCAUCGAGGUGGUGCUUUCUGCACUAGCCACGGUCGAAGACUUCCAGAUCCGCCCCCAUGCCCUUUACGUUCACUCUUACAAGGCCCCCACCUUCUGCGACUACUGUGGGGAGAUGCUGUGGGGCCUCGUACGGCAGGGGCUCAAAUGUGAAGGAUGUGGGCUUAACUACCACAAGCGUUGUGCCUUCAAGAUUCCCAACAACUGCACUGGGGUCCGGAAGAGACGGUUGUCCAAUGUCUCACUUCCUGGGCCCUCUCUCUCUGUCCCUCGGCCAGUGCCUGCUGAGAAUGCAGUGGUCGUCCCGGAUGAGCAGCGUUGUCACCAGGAGGCAGGGAAGCGGAUCCUGUCCUGGAGUGGCCGACCCAUUUGGAUGGAAAAGAUGGUUCUGGGACGAGUCAAGGUGCCGCACACAUUCGCCAUCCACACCUACACGCGCCCCACCAUCUGUCAGUAUUGCAAGAGGCUGCUAAAGGGCCUCUUCCGCCAGGGCAUGCAGUGUAAAGAUUGCAGAUUCAACUGCCAUAAACGGUGUGCUUCAAAGGUACCACGAGACUGUUUAGGGGAGGUGGUCUUCAAUGGAGAGCCAGCCAGUCCCGGCCCAGACUCAGACAGCACCAUGGAUACUAUGGAGGUGGACAGCAGUGAUAUGGAUGGCAGCAGAGGGCUGGACGACCCAGAGGAACCCUCUACCCCCGAUGAGAAGAUAUUCUAUAUGGACUCUCCUUUCCUAGACCGGGAGAAGGACGAGGAACCCAUCAAAACCAUUAGUCCUUCCACUAGCAGUAACAUCCCCCUGAUGCGGGUGGUCCAGUCUAUCAAACACACCAAGAGGCGGAGCUCCACCGUGGUGAAGGAGGGCUGGAUGGUUCAUUAUACCAGCAGAGACAACCUGAGGAAACGACAUUAUUGGAGGCUGGACAGCAAGAGUCUGAGUCUGUUUCAGAAUGAUACUGGAGCCAAGUUCUAUAAGGAGAUCCCUUUGUCUGAGAUCCUCCAAGUAGAACAGUCCAGAGACUAUAGUAACCUCGCCCAGGGCAGCAACCCUCACUGCUUUGAGGUCAUCACUGCCACCAUGGUCUACUAUGUGGGGGAGAACAACGGUAGCCACUACCACAGCCCAGCCCUAGCUGCCUCAGGAGUAGGCAUAGAGGUGGCCCAAGGCUGGGAGAAAGCCAUCCGACAGGCCCUGAUGCCCGUCACACCCCAGCCAAGUGUAGCCACCGCCGCCGGGCAAAGCAAAGACCACAAAGAGCUGUCCAUUAGCAUAUCCGUGUCUAACUGCCAGAUCCAGGAGAAUGUGGACAUUGCCUCAGUGUACCAGAUCUUCUCGGAUGAGGUGCUGGGAUCUGGUCAGUUCGGUAUCGUUUAUGGAGGCAAACACAGGAAGAGCGGGAGAGACGUGGCAAUCAAGGUGAUUGACAAGAUGAGGUUUCCUACCAAGCAAGAGAGCCAGCUGAGGAACGAGGUUGCCAUUCUGCAGAACCUGCAUCAUCCAGGUAUUGUCAACUUGGAGUGUAUGUUUGAGACGCCGGAGCGGGUGUUUGUUGUCAUGGAGAAACUCCAUGGAGACAUGCUGGAGAUGAUCCUGUCCAGUGAAAAAAGCAAGCUGCCCGAACGCAUCACCAAGUUCCUGGUCACACAGAUCCUGGUAGCCUUGAGACAUCUGCACUUCAAAAACAUUGUUCACUGUGACUUGAAGCCAGAGAAUGUACUGUUGGCCUCAGCAGAACCUUUCCCGCAGGUAAAGCUGUGUGAUUUUGGCUUUGCCCGAAUCAUUGGUGAGAAAUCGUUCAGGCGGUCAGUUGUGGGCACGCCGGCCUACUUGGCCCCGGAGGUUCUGCGCAGCAAAGGCUACAACCGCUCCCUGGACAUGUGGUCCGUGGGGGUCAUUGUGUAUGUGAGCUUGAGUGGAACUUUCCCCUUUAACGAGGACGAAGACAUCAAUGACCAGAUCCAAAAUGCUGCCUUCAUGUACCCCCCGACCCUGUGGAAGGACAUCUCCUCAGAGGCUACAGAUCUAAUCAACAAUCUUCUCCAAGUAAAGAUGAGGAAGAGGUACAGUGUGGACAAGUCCCUCAGUCAUCCCUGGUUACAGGACUACCAGACAUGGCUGGACCUCAGGGAGUUCGAGACGAGGCGAGGCGAGCGCUACAUCACCCACGAGAGUGACGACGCUCGCUGGGAGGAGUAUGCUGAUGAGCACAGCCUCGUCUACCCCAAACAUUUCAUCAUGGCUCCAAACCUGGACAACAUGGACGAGGACCCCUAGUGGCCCAGAGGACUUACUACACUAUGUGUACCCGGGAUUUGGAAUGUGGCAAGGAUUUUCUUUUUUUUAUGUGAACCCUUAGAAGCCUUUGAAUCGCCAUCCAACUUCCACUUUGAUGUGGAAUCAGAGAUGCAGCCGCUCGGGACAGAAGGUCACCCAGUUGUGGCUUUAAACGCGGGGAAAAUCUGGCAGAUUUUUGUAACUUGAUGCACUGCCAUGACAGACGGACAGGUGGAGAUGUGAGCCGCCUACAUUUGAUGUGCACAGCAAUGCAUUCAGAAAAACUGUUGGGAGAGAAGAGCGUUGUUUUUUUUUGUUUUUUUGUUUUUGUUUUUUUCCUCCCCCCAUCAAAACAUUCCAUGGGUUUGUUGGAAGUUUUGUUUAUUUUGGUUCAUCGAGACCAGUGACACGAGACAAAAUGCACCAGUCGAACUAAGUACUUUUGUUAUCGUAUAAACAGUUUCAGGUUCUUCUCGAUAAUAAUAUGUGUCUGCUCUUGGUGUGCGAGAGAAGAGCAGAAAAAGAGCGCUUACCCCAGGAUAAAAGGGCACUUUUCACAAGGGAUCUACAUUGCGUCCGUUGAGAAUCAAGAAUUCGUGGGUUCUAGACAGCCAUACUCUAGUUGUUUUUCUGAUUUCCAGACUGUUUGUGAAACUGUUCUUCAACGGCAUGAAACUGGAACUAUCUCGUGUAUGUGUAUGUUUUACAUGUUAUUGCUAAUUGUGAUAGAUUUUUUGCACUAUACUACCAUUGUACUCAGCGGUUUGGAGGCAGGAGGCAUCAAAAAAACACUAUUUGCUGCUACACCCUACAGAGCAGCGUACCGUGUACGUGUCCGGCCCAGGUGCCGAGCGGAGCAUUAAAUAAUCAGCAGGCAGUUUAGACGGCCGUUCCCAUUAGCCACUUUUCACAGUUUAUUCUAAGAAACGAAAAUAGUGUUUAGCAGGCAGUAGAUUGCGAAGUAUUUCAUAUUGGGGUUUGCAGGUGUAAAUCAUCAAAUAUCCCAAAUCCAAAGCUACCCAAAUCCCAAACUAUUUAGUUGAGCAGUGCCAAGCAGGGGGUUCUCAGGCCGUCACUGGGAAUUUCUUGGCAUACGAUAAAGGAUGGCAGAGCUUUUGAAAAACUAAUAUAGACAUUGUAGUGCACUAGCUCUGUUGCACUAUCCAGCAAUAAUGGAGCCAACGCUUGUGUACAACACGAAGCCAAAAUCAGAGAGUUGAACGGCUUUUGAGAGUGAACUCUACACUAGUAUUCUGAGCAUCACGAUGGUGUUCUGCUAUCACAGUAUUUUUUUUGUUUUUUUUGUUUUUUUGUUUUUUUUGAAUGUGACUUUUCAAGGACUCCAGUUCUGGAAUACGUGUUGUUUUUUGGUGCUCUGCAGGUGUCUCAAGUAUCUAUUUUGCAUGUCCUCAGAUUACCAAAGUGGGUUAUUAACAGAACAAAAAAAAACGUCUGUUUCUUUUGGGAGCCAUUCGCUCUCCAGUGCAUUUCAUUUGUCUUUUUCGGCAGUACUUUUCGGUGAGACUUCACACCUAGUUAGAUGGAAGGUGUAAGUAACGUUUGGUCGACAUGGGCGUUGUAUAAUACCACAGUAGUUCGGUUCUCUACUCUGACAGUGUGUUGACACGGCUCUGUUCCCUGUUGUCCUUUUCCUGUCUAUGUUGCCGCUGGAUUGGCAGGUGUCAGUGUUUUGUAUAUUUCAGUAAAUACAAAUUGAAUAAAUGCUUAACUCAAAUAGAGAAUGA